AUGUAUUCUCACACGUUAAGUGAAGAUGGUAAGUCUGUAUUCUAUAAAAGAAAGGUGUUGCUUGGAAAGAGGGAACUUGUGAUUGAUAGUGGCAAGUUUGGAGUUUGCAAGAAGGAGUUGUCUAAGGCUUGCAAGUACUCACUUAGAAUGUCCGUGAAGCAGUAUGUCGAGAAGGCUUCCGUAAACAUUGUAGCGGAACAUGUGAGGAAAGUAAAACAGUGGUUUAGGGAUGAGAAAGUGAGUAUGGGACCUGGACUUAGAUUCCUGGUUGUUAGGAUCUGUAGUAUGUUGGGUAUAAAACCAAAAGAGAACUUGAGAGAUGUCUAUCCUUCUCCCAGAUGUGAAGCACAUGAGUUUAUGUUUUAUGGAAUCUUAGUGCCUCACUUUGGGUGGUAUGUAAAUGACUGCAUUUACUACAGGAGAUGGGUGAAGGUUGUGAGAGAGUUAAGUAAAGAUUGUGGGGAAGGUUCUGAGAUUAGACCUAGAUUUAUAUUUUGGGAAGACUGGUAUGAGAGGUACUGGUUAGGUUUCAAAGAAACAGAUAAGAAGGGAUUUAUAAAAUGUGGAAAACCAUAG